AUGGUUCGAUGGGAAGUAGUCGAUAAGAAGAUUGGAAUUACUAGUAUUAUGAAAACGAAUAUCUUAGCAGCUAUUGGAUCAGCUAUUGAUUCACGUGGUCCGAAUGAACGUUAUAAGAUUGCUAAUGAUAUCAAAGAAUGGUUAGAAUCGACAUAUGGAAAACGAUGGACAGUACUCGUUGGUGAUACAGGUCGCUAUCAAUUAAGCGCUUCUCAGUAUGAAUCGAAAUUUAUACGAGUGAAUGAAACAAAUUUAAAAUGGACUUUUGAUAUUUUUCAGCAGAUUCCAUAA